AUGGGCCAACUGCCUGCAGUGAGAAUAUCACCUUCACGAGCAUUUCUCCAUACGGGGGUGGACUAUGCCGGCCCAUUCCCCAUUCUCAAAUGGCGACCCACAAAUGCCCAACCAACUAGCGUUCAUAUUGCAGUAUUUGUGUGUUUCAGUACAUCAGCAGUCCAUUUAGAGCUCGUUUCCAGGCAGACAACAGACGCAUUCAUCGGAGCCUACAAGAGAUUCACCGGACGGAGAGGCAUCCCCGAGGUUAUGUACAGUGACAACGCAACCACGUUCGUUGGCGCCUCAACAGUCCUCAACAAGCUGUACAACCAGCCAACCAGAGAGAAUCAACAGAUCCAGGCUGCUCUCGCCACCAACGGGACUCAAUGGAGCUUUUCACCACCGACAGCUCCCUAUUUCGGUGGCAAAUGGGAGGCAGCGGUCAAAUCAACGAAAUAUCAUCUUAAAAGAGUACUUGGGUCGACGACAUUCACCUACGAGGAACUCAAUAGCAUUCUGAUCCAGAUAAAGGCCUGCCUGAACGCCAGGCCAAUCACACCCAUGUCAGAUGACCCAGAAGACCUCCAAGCACUCACCCCAGGUCACUUCCUAAUCGGUGAGCCUCUACAGGUGAUUCCAGAGCCAUCAAUCAUCAAUGAGAACCCCAGCAAGCUGCAGAGAUGGAAUCUGAUCACCCAAAAAAUACAGCAGUUCUGGUCCAGGUGGUCCAGAGAGUGUCUUCAAAGAUACCAAGCUAUCUACAAGUGGAAUCAACGACGAGAGAACAUCAAAGUUGGAGAGAUGGUCCUGAUGGUCGACGAGGAUUAUCUACCAGCAAAAUGGCCACUCGGUAGAGCAGUGGCAGUUCACCCAGGAGAAGAUGGCCUCGCAAGAGUUGCAACCAUCAAAACAUCACGAGCGGUAGUACCAACUCGACCAGACGGUACCCCCAACCUCGACAGAAUCACCAGUACCAGCAUGACAUUUAUCAGACCCAUCACCAAGCUCUGUCUUUUACCGACAGAUCCUCCACCAGCAGAACAUCCCCCAGAAGACGAUCCCGAGCCAGUCAACGAGUAA